ACCAGAUCUCGACUCUCUCUUCAUCAUCAUCGACUCUUAAGUUUAUCAUACGAUCUGCUCUUUGAGCUACGUAAGCUCUCUGAGUUUUGGUAAGGAAGGAUGUCAAAUCUUCAUUCCAACUUCAACCAGAAGAUUGAUUAUGUGUUCAAAGUAGUCUUGAUUGGCGACUCUGCCGUUGGCAAAUCUCAGCUUCUCGCUAGAUUCUCUAGAAACGAGUUCAGCAUCGAGUCCAAAGCAACGAUCGGUGUCGAGUUUCAGACAAGAACACUUACCAUCGAUAAUAAAACCGUCAAAGCUCAGAUAUGGGACACUGCUGGUCAAGAACGGUACCGAGCGGUGACGAGUGCAUACUACAGAGGUGCAGUAGGUGCAAUGCUUGUGUACGACAUAACAAAACGACAGUCUUUUGAUCAUGUCGCGAGGUGGUUAGAAGAAUUGAGAGGACACGCAGACAAAAACAUUGCGAUCAUGCUUGUAGGGAACAAGACUGAUCUCGGCACACUUCGAGCUGUACCAACAGAGGAUGCCAAAGAGUUUGCUCAAAGAGAGAAUCUCUUCUUCAUGGAGACAUCAGCUCUUGAUUCGAUCAAUGUUGAGCCGUCUUUCCUCACAGUUCUGACUGAGAUCUACAGAAUAGUGAGCAAAAAGAAUCUUGUUGCUAAUGAGGAAGGAGAAUCUGGAGGUGACUCUUCACUUUUGCAAGGAACUAAGAUUGUUGUUCCUGGUGAAGAGACUGAAGGUAAAGGAAAAGGAUGUUGUGGAACAUCAUAGAAUCACUCUUGUGUGUUCUUUGUGAUUUUGUUACCUCCUCUGUUUUGACUGCAUGAAUAACGUGUCUACUUUGUAUGUAAGCUGUUGAUGAUAGAGUCUAAAGAGUUGUAACAUUAUAUACUCAAAGUGCUGUUGAUUCAGUUAAACAUACAAGUUAUUUGAUUAUGACAAUUGAAGCUUAACCUUGUUACAUUAGUACUAGGUGAUAACCCGCGCA